GUCGGAAACAAACCCUAAUUAAUCCUCAUUGUCUUUCUCUGCUCUUACUCAAUUCGUCUGCCUCCUGCUCCUUUCGACUUAUCCAGGAGCAUGAAAGUUGAGCUCUCGUGAAACCCAAGUGGCAAAAAAUCCGAGAGAGAGAUGAAGAUUGCUAUUGAAGGGUGUAUGCACGGAGACCUAGACAAUGUCUACAAGACAAUCCAACACCACGAACAGAUUCACAACACUAAAGUCGAUCUCCUCCUCUGCUGCGGCGACUUCCAGGCUGUGAGAAAUGAGAAGGACAUGGAUAGCCUUAGCGUACCUAUAAAAUACAGAGAGAUGAAGUCUUUCUGGAAGUACUACUCUGGCCAAGAAGUUGCUCCUAUUCCCACCAUUUUCAUCGGUGGUAACCACGAGGCUUCUAACUACUUGUGGGAACUAUAUUAUGGAGGUUGGGCUGCCACCAACAUCUACUUUCUAGGCUAUGCAGGUGUUGUCAAGUUUGGUAAUCUCCGAAUUGGAGGUCUCUCUGGUAUUUACAAAGGGAGAGAUUACCGUUCAGGACACUAUGAGCGGCCACCAUAUAACAAUAGCACCAUCAAAUCAGUCUAUCAUGUUCGUGAGUAUGAUGUUCAUAAGCUGAUGCAACUUGAAGAGCCCCUUGAUAUAUUCCUCUCACAUGACUGGCCUGUUGGCAUCACUGAUUAUGGUGACUCAAGAACACUUAUUCAGCAGAAACCUUACUUCCAAGAAGAGAUUGAGGCAAGAACUCUUGGAAGCAAACCAGCGGCUCAGCUGCUAGAGAAACUGAAGCCUCGGUAUUGGUUUUCAGCUCACUUACAUUGCAAAUUCGCUGCUGCUGUUCAACAUGGGAACGAUGGAGCUGUGACAAAGUUUCUUGCCUUAGAUAAAUGUGGUCCAGGGAAGAAGUUUCUACAGAUCAUUGACAUAGAGACAGAGCCUGGACCUUUUGAAGUCUUAUACGAUGAAGAGUGGUUAGCAAUAACACGAAAGUUCAAUUCUGUUUUCCCGCUAACACAGAGACCAGCGAGUUUCAGCUCUGCUGACAUGGAUAUACAAGAGAGCCGAGAGUUGGUGAGGAAGAAGCUAGAGGAAAGGCAAUUUAAACCUUUUGAGUUUGUAAAGACGGUCCCUGCUUAUAACCCUUCACAACGUAUCUUUGAUCCCAUACCUGAGAUCCCUCAGAAUCCUCAGACAAUGUCUUUGUUAGAGCUUCUUGGUCUUCCAUAUGUACUUGAUUCAUCACCAGUAACAGGGGAAAGAACCGAGAUCCCUGCUUCACCGGCUUCAUCAGAUUUUCAUACAUAUGAAAGUGAAGAAAUCCCUAUCGAUGAUAUUGAUGAAAUCGAAGAAAUAGCCGAAGCCAACGCAAGUUAAUUAGUGAAGAUAUUGUGAUCAUAAAAUGAGGCUAUAUCCUUUACAUAUUCUUCUUUAUCGGCAUAAGUUUUAUUAAGUCAGAAAAAAUUGAAUCAGUAACCAUUUCUAUUCAUAUUUUUAUCUAUUUAGAGUUCUUCAUUUCAUAUAUCAACAUAAUUUUGUACAGACAAGUGACAGUCAU